UGCGCCGCCUCGAAGACAGAGCCGUGCCGACAGUCCAGCCACCAGGAACGUUUUUUUUGGCUUUUUUCCACCAUCGUUUCCAAUCUCACAGAGAGAGAAAGAGAAAGAGAGGAAGAGAGCAGUGCUCCAUCCGAGUCGCGUGUGAUCGGUGAACGAAUAUUUCCCCUUUUUCCCCUCUCGUUUCCCAUCCUCCGAUCUUCCUUCGUUCCAGAAGAUCGCCCCUCGAUUCGGUUCGCGGAGUUUCGAGCCAGUGAUAAGAAGAGAGUGAUUAGAGAGAGAGAGAGCUGGUGAACCGAGGAGAGAAACGACGACAGGAGGAGUGGAUUUCUGUUCAAGAUGGGCUCGUCCGCGAUAGGAACGACUUUGAUCACCGGUUUCGCAUUGUUGGCUUUCGUCACCGUCUCCCGUGCCGCUCUGGCUAGGACAGCGUUCGAGAAGCUGACAGACUACGAUUACCGCGGAACGACGUACUACAGCGUGAGGAACCUGUCCCUGUACGAGUGUCAGGGCUGGUGCCGCGAGGAGGCCGAGUGUCAGGCGGCUGCGUUCUCGUUCGUCGUAAAUCCUUUGGCGCCGAUGCAGGACACCCUGUGCCAGCUGCAGAACGAGACGGCGGCGACGAAUCCCGCGGCACAGCCGCAAAGAGCCGCCAACAUGUACUACAUGACGAAGCUUCAGAUCAGAUCAGAAAAUGUCUGCUUGCGGCCAUGGUCCUUCGAACGCGUCCCGAACAAAAUGAUCCGUGGACUGGACAACGCCUUGAUCUACACCUCGACCAAGGAGGCUUGUCUCGCGGCUUGUUUGAACGAGCACCGUUUCACCUGUCGUUCCGUCGAAUAUAAUUACGUAACUUUGCAAUGUCACUUGAGCGAUUCCGAUCGAAGAACGACCGGGCAAUACGUGCAAUUCGUGGAUGCCCAGGGUGUCGAUUAUUUCGAAAAUCUGUGUUUGAAAGGAAAAGAGGCGUGCAAAUCUCAGAGGAUCUUCCAGAUGCCGCGAAUCGGAGUGGCCGACGAUAAAGUUGCUCAAUACGCGGGAUUGCACUAUUACACGGACAAAGAGUUGCAAGUUCAAAGCGAAUCCGCGUGUAGACUUGCUUGCGACAUCGAGAACGAGUUCCUCUGCAGAUCUUUCCUGUAUCGUGGCGCUCCUCAAGGAUCAGCGUAUAAUUGCCAGCUGUUCCAUCUUGAUCAUUGGACUCUUCCCGAUGGUCCUUCAACUUACCUCAACGCAGAACGACCAUUGAUCGAUAAUGGAGAGAGAGUUGGAACAUAUUUCGAGAAUUAUUGUGAAAAAGGUACAGGCCCAGUUGCUGAUCCACCAGUUGUCUUUGAAACCACGGAAGACCCUACCAUAAAUAAUCUCACGAGAAACGAUAUAAAUUGCGAUAAAACUGGUACCUGUUACGACGUGUCGGUCGACUGUAAAGACACCCGAAUAGCCGUUCAAGUUCGUACGAAUAAGCCUUUUAAUGGUCGCAUUUACGCCCUUGGCCGUUCUGAAACUUGCAACAUCGACGUAAUCAAUAGCGACCUCUUCAGGCUCGACUUGACCAUGAGCGGACAGGAUUGUAACACUCAAAGUGUGCGUGACGGUUUUCAGACUGGCAUCUACUCGAACACGGUCGUCCUCCAGCAUCAUUCCGUGGUGAUGACCAAGGCCGACAAAAUUUACAAGGUGAAGUGCACGUACGACAUGUCCUCGAAGAACAUCACCUUUGGUAUGAUGCCUAUCAGGGACCCGGAAAUGAUCAGCAUCACCAGCGCGCCGGAAGCCCCUCCGCCGAGGAUACGCAUCCUCGACAGCAGAUCCAGAGAAGUUGAGACUGUCCGUAUCGGAGACAAGCUGACGUUCAGAAUCGAAAUCCCGGAAGACACUCCCUAUGGAAUCUUUGCUCGAAGUUGCGUCGCAAUGGCAAAGGACUCGAAGAGCACCUUCCAGAUCAUUGAUGAUGAAGGAUGUCCAGUGGAUCCGUCGAUCUUCCCAAGCUUCACGCCUGAUGGAAACGCGCUUCAAUCUGUCUACGAAGCAUUUAGAUUCACCGAGUCUUAUGGUGUUAUUUUCCAAUGUAACGUCAAGUAUUGUCUAGGACCGUGCGAACCGGCUGUCUGCGAAUGGGGACGAGAAUCGGUAGAGUCAUGGGGCAAGAGGCGUCGAAGAAGUCUCGCAAACGCGACGGAGGAAAAAGCAGAGGAUAUGACGUUGUCUCAGGAAAUCCUUGUUCUCGAUUUUGGUGACGAGAAACAGUCCGACUUCUUGAAGAGUGACGCUAGCAUAGACUUCAACGAGGCCGACAAAACGGUGACCAUCGUGGAGCCCUGUCCAACAAAGACCUCGGUGUUAAUUCUGGGCGUGACGUGUGCCCUGCUUGUCCUUAUCUACAUUUCCACCAUCUUUUGUUACUACAUGAAGAAAUGGUUGUCACCCCGCAAAAUGAUGCCCUGAAGAUUUCCUGUCGUGGCCCAAGGCUCACCGAGGAUCUCUCGUCUGGUGACAAGAGAAGCGACCAGGAAAAUUACGGAUAAAGUGCAAACUCACCUCGCGUAACGCGUCGUACGUGUUACUAGACUGCACGCGAUGAACCCGAGAGAGACACGUGUUUGUGUAGACGCGUGGAAAAAUUACGACUUCGCACCGUCAUUCUCGAUAUUAUUCACGUUUCGCGCGAAACACUGGUUCCAGGAAGCGGGCAGUCGAGCCGUGCAAAAAGCGUCCAUUUUUCCGCGCAGACUACAUCGUACGUACAUUUUCUCAGAUAUUUCGGAUUUAUCGCGGUGCUUAUUAUCGGGGAUUUAUUAUUUACUACACAUUAUUGGGCGAGAAACAAGCAGUUGAAUUAAUCGUAAUACAUUAGAUAUCAUUCUUAUUCUCGAAGAACCUCCAAGUGUAAUGUUAAAAGAAGGAAAAUUGAACGAAAAUGAGAAAAUAGGGGAUAUCCCUAAAAAAUAUGGAGGUGUGUCGUUUAAGUGUAUCGGGAUCUUGCACAUGGCGGAAGUCACAAGCCGCUUGUGCAACACUCCGAAAAGAAUCUUUCCGAUUGACUAUGGUAAAAGCACACUUAUUAUAGAACAGUUUAAAUAUAAUUUUAAAUUUAAUUUCGACGAUGUGAGCGGGUGACGAGGAUCACGAGACUUGCCACUUGUGCAACGCUUCGUAAGGGGGAUUAAUAAAUUUUACAUGCAUAUUGAGGAUCGAUUUCGUAGACAAGGAUAAAUAUAGGCAAACGACAUUGAUUUCAGAAUAUCUUAUGGGACUUAAGCUCUACACUUACACAUUUCGCAUUCCAUUCAUUUAUACAUAAUAUUUAUCGUACAUAUCGGAUCUUUUAGAUCGCAUGGGUCGAAGAUCGCAGGGAUCUUGCGUGCAAUAUUUCGUAGCGAGUCGCGGAACAUUGAUUUUCUCGAGGACGAUGAAACUGUGGUAAAGUAAAAUAAAUAGAUUGCGAAUACGUUUCGGUGUAAAACUCUCGAUAAUUGUUCUCGAGACUUAUUCUAUUUUUUUAUUACAUUGAGAGAUUGAAUCGUUAUUUUCAAUGCAUUGUUUCACGAAAAAAAAAAAAAAAUAUUCUCGAGAGCAACUGUCGAAAGUUUUAUGUGUAUCGGGAUGGAUGUUUUCUUCUGACAUCGCCUUCCUCGUAUCGAGAAAAAAAAAUACGAAAAUGAAUCUGAUCGUGGAACCGUCGAUUGGACGAAAAAAAAAAUUGUUCCCCGAUCCGCGAUUAACUACGUUCUUUUCUCUAAGAGCAACCAGGGACACCCUGACGACAAACGUUGUAAUAAGUACACUUUAUUUAAGGACAUCUUAGACACUGCUAACUGUCUUAUCUCUUAAGGGCUAUUUCUGAUCGGGUUGCAAGGAGAACGAGGUGGAACGAGCAACUUACUCUCUCCUUCUCUUCAUACGCUUUGCAUAUUAACCUCUGGAUGACUUUCCAGGUCGUUGCCGGCGAGAUAAAUGACCCCUCGAUCAACUAUCGUCCGGCACAGCCCUGGCCACAUUUUUUACUCCGCGGAAAUCGACUUGUAACCCGUAUCAAGACUAGCGAUAUUUAAAGGUUCACGCUUCACUAACGUUUCUAACGAUACAACUAGCAUUUAAGGUAGAAAAUAAACGGAGCAUGUAAACAUAAGUAGAAAGAAGAAAAAAAAAAUGAAAGAACGAACGAGAGAGAGAGAGAGAGAAAGAGAGAGAAAAAGAGAGAGAGAGAGAGAGAGAGAGAGAGAAUUUUUUUUUUUUCAUCACGAUUUAAUAGAUUCGAUCUUCAGCUACGUGUGAAGAAAGAUGAUGUUUCUAUUGAUAGCUCCAAAAUCCUAUCUCAUGUUUUUAUCCAAUUGAUUGAAAAAUCACGUUUAUCGAGGAGAAAAGAAAUACAGCAAAUUUAAUAUUGGAAGAUUAAUAUAUAAAAUCAUCUAACAAGAAUUAAAAUGUUGAUUGUUUGAUAUAAAUUGUAAGAAAAACAAUUUUUCCGGAUUUAUUAGAUUCACACAUUUCAAAAAAUUUUAUAUCAAAAUAAUUAUAUAUCCAAGUUUCAUCAAAUUUUCAUUUUUAUAUUUAUUAAUCGUUAGAUUUAUAUCAUCAUAUAAAAAUGAUUGAUACAAAUAAAUGUAUUUUAAUUAAAUAAUUAAAAAUUCGCGAAAAAUCAUUGUUAAAAUAAAUGAUAAUAUCAAUCAUUCGCAUCUUAUCUAAUUGGAACAGGACAAAACAUGUGACGUUUGAUUGGAACAUAUGUUUAUAAUUGAUCGUAAUCUUGUAACUUGUCUCGUAAUGCAGAAGAAGAAUAGUAGCAAGAAACACAAUCAUAAAAUACAUAAUAGCGACAGUAAUCAUAUUUUUGUAUAAAUUUGCAUUAAAUAUCAUUUAAAUAUUGCUUUACAUGAUAAGUAUCAAAAAAGAAUAUAAAAGGAAUAAUAGUUGGAACAAAUGCAAAUAAUUAUUCAUAAAGUUUUUCUUUAUGAUAUCUUCAACUAUUCCUGUUUAAUUGCAUUUAUCGAAGUAAUGAUUAAAAUGAAUUUUGUAAAUCAAUUCUCAAAAGCAAAAAUGAAAAAAAAAAUAAAUGUAUAUAUUAUUGGAUCGUAAUAAGUAUUGAAAUGAAAAUACACAUACACGCAUCAAUAUCACUUGUAUUCUAUUUAUGUACGUGAAUGUUUUAAUAAUUAAACGAAGAUCAAUUUUUUGAAAAUACCUUAUCUUCUCUCUUUUCCAUUUGAUAAUUAUCAAUGUAUUUCCAUUGCAUAAACUCUCAUUAUACGGUUUUAUAAAAUUCUGAUAAAAUUCGAAAUUGUUAUCAAUAAUUGAACUGAUGAGCUGAACAAUCAGACGCGUAAACAAAUUGAAAUAAUUGGUCGACAUCCAACAAUUCGAACUCAAAUCUGUAUAGGAGCGCGUGUUAAAGAUGCACGUGUAUGCGUUUAUUAUUGUGACAAAUAAUAAUAUGAAUCACUUGAUACGCUUACUGUCGAUGAAUAGUCAGUUGACUCUAGAUAAAAAUAAUUGCGGCAUCUUCGUUUAAAAAUAGAUUGCAAUUGCAUUAAUCAAAAGAAUUUUGAAGAUGGUUGUAAUGUUAAUGUUAGUUUUUCAAAUUUAUUAGGUAAGCGUUAAGUAAAUUGAGUAAAAAAAAAAACAUGCAUAUUUAUCGAUGAUUGAAAAAAAAAAAUUACAAUUAACGUUGCAUUCUAAAUGUUCUGCAGAAAUAUAUAUCGAUAACGAGUCAUGUUUUAAUGAGGUUUCAAAGGCUAGCAUUAAUCGAUAACAAAUUUAACUGCUCUCGACCCUCGAAGACAGCGGUUAUCUAAAUGAUAAAUAUUUUCAGUCGCUCGUUAAAAGAGGUUUUGCAAUACCAAUGAAACGACUGAAUCAUUUGAACAGCAUGAAUAUCAUUGGCCACAAUUAACUUUAUGGUUAAUCCAAUUUGAGAACUAAAAACACAUUUAUGAAUAUUAAAAUAACUUGAACAAUUUGAAACGCUUUAUUUGAUAGAAGAACAAGUAUAUUUUAAUAGAAAUAAUAUAAAUGCACCAAUAUUACAAUACGAAUUAUUAAAUAAUAAUCAAUAAAUCACGAAAAAAAAAAGUUCAAUGAAAGAAUCUGAUCAAAAGUGACGUUUGAAUGUCGAUAAAACGGAUAAUGCGCAGCUUUUUAAGCCUUUAAUUUUUUACUACUCGGUCGAUAGCAAAUCGCGACGUAGUGAACAACGAGGUCAGAGCGAGACUACACCCGUAACGAUCCCGUGUUUGAAUUCAAGGUUUUCGCGGAAACGAAGUAUGAAAGAUGCUAGUAAUCGUUUUGAAUCGUGGUCAUCCGCGUCGUCGUUGUCUUUCAUCGUCGUACCGAAAGCAAACGUAUGGCAACCUCGUCAACCUCGAUACGCCUUCGCCAAUGAUAAGAUAAAGGUUAGCAUGUGUACGUUUCUCGUGAAAUCGCAAACGUAGGCGUUGCUGUAUUUCGCUUUAUUCGUGUGCACUUCGAUUCUUGCGUUCGUUUCUGAUAAUGCUUUUUCUUUCUAUGUAUUCUUUUUUCUUUUUCUCUUUUCUUUUUCCUCUUUUUUCUUCUUUGUCUUCAUGAUAUCGUGAAAAAGCGAAUGGAUUGUGCAAACAAAUAAAUCGAAUAAUCUCGAUGAAAUGAGAGUUUCUUUUUGCGAGGUUAGCCUGCUCUACAGGUAUGCGCAGGUAUGCGCGAGUAGGCGCCAUCGUGUGACCGCCCACGGAGAAGGUAUAUUUCUGCAUCCGUACGUGGGCAAGCGAUGCGACCAACUAUGACGUUUAACCUAUUUUUCAGAUUAUAAAAUUUAAUAUUGAAAAUAUAAUACAAUAACGGAAUUCUUAUGUGCAUGUAUGCUUGUAAUCUAUUACAAUUAUCUAUGUGAUUAAAGUACAAACACGUAUGCAUUCAUAUACACAGAAGAUAACGUAUACAAUGCAAACAUUAAUACACAGCAAUGGAACUAUAUGCACUGAUGCACGUGUGGCGCUCUCCCAGUUAGCAUCUCAGACAAGACUUAAUCAAUCGUUCGAAUAAAAUAAGUAUCAUAGACGACAGCCUGUCUCGCCAAGAACCCUUGAAAGAUACCUCUAUGUUCAAGUAACAGACAAGGAUAGUGGAAAGAACUGUCUAAUGCGUUUUUUGCAAAGAAUUACGACCGUAACGCCCUUUUCUUUCACAUUCGCAUUCUCAUAUGGCUUUUGCCACAUAAGUAAGGUAGGUAAGGGCCAUAUGAGUAGUAUGGUACAUAGAAUUUAAAGGUGAGGUGUCGCAAGUCAAGGCAGUGGUAAAUAGAAGCACACUUAUCUCGCUCACUCUUACUCUCAAUCCGUUAAUUCUAUCCUUUGCUGCGUGUGCACAUACACAUACACACAGCAAGCACAAGUGCGUGAAAAGAGAGCAAGGAAAGCGAAGGCUACAGAUCCCGAGCAAACGAACAUGGAGGAGAAAGAGGGAAAGAGAAUGGUCGACGUACAUCAUUUGGGCGCCGAGAAGUCUGGCGCGACCAGGCCAAGCCAGGCCAGGCCAGAGGCGCGUCUCUGGUUACGCGACCAUUUGGGGCGCCAAGCAUGGAGCGCCGAGGAGGUGAAAGGAGCGGGAGGAAGAACUGAUAGAAGGGAAAACCAUAGGAGAGCAAAGAAGAACGGAGAAGAGGAUCCCAGAGGGACUAGUAGAGACGAAGGUAGGCGUUCGAGCAUCGUCAUGUCGAGCUUUGAACCGUGGAAUCGCAUAGGGCGGCAUUAUGGAAGGAGAAAGAGGGGAAAUCAACGAAGGGGCCCCAGCAGGCUACAUUCCAGCGGGACGCGAGUUUUCAAACAUGGCUACCCACGUGAAUGUAGGUCCACGACCGAUCGUAUAACACGCACACAUGUUCGACCUUACAAACUACAAGAUCUCCUCUUUCUUUCUCUUUCUUAUUCUUGUUUCUCUUCGUUUCGCCUGUAUAAUCUGUUCGGAACGAUUCCCUCUCAUAACGUGCUCCUUCCCCUAAUGCCUACUCCGUCACACGCUUAUACUGACACUAACCCACAGAAUCCCCUUGCCCCUUUACACCAUCGGGUUGUUCGUUUCUCCUCUCCCCUCACAGCAACCCGGACGGCCCGUCGACCGAGCUGGCGACACCCUGUCUGGCAAGACCGGCCGACGGACAAAGGAGGGGGAGCCUGGCCGCUGCGUUGCCACGUCCUCGGACUUCGAGCUGCACCUACCUUCGGCCUCAAGGACAAAUCCGAUGAACGUGUCAGCCGUCGUGGCGUACUUAGGCGACUGCCGGUCUGCUACUGCUAUGCCUCUUACCGAUAUUCAUGAUCGCUCGUUCUCUUUAAUGAACGGACAAAAUUUUUGAUUACGAUUAAAUAAAGAAUUUGAUUGCAAAAA